AUGCAAGUGGACGCGAGCCGUCUCAAGUCCUUUGACGAUGUCACAGAAACUGGAGAAGGUGGUGACAACCGAGAGAAGAACACUCUCGGCAAGAAAAUCUUGCGAGUCAUCUGGGACUCACUCGACAAGUCUCCCGAGGAGCGACACUUCAUCGCCAAGGUAGACUGCUGGAUCAUGACCUACGUCUGUGUUGCCUAUUUCGUCAAAUAUCUUGAUCAGACGAAUGUCGUAAAUGCCUACGUCUCCGGAAUGAAGGAGGACCUGACCAUGUCUGGCAACGACUACAAUUAUCUCCAGACCAUGUUCACCGUGGGCUACUGUUUAGGAAACCUUCCGUCACAGUUGAUCAUGACAAAGAUUCGGCCUUCCAUUUGGCUUCCUUCUCUCGAACUCAUCUGGAGCGUUCUGGUCAUGGCUAUGGCUGGAGUCAAGUCUGUUAAUGGCAUGUACGCUCUCCGCUUCUUCAUCGGCAUGCUGGAGGCGUCCGCCUACCCGGGUAUCAUCACACUUCUUGGCAACUGGUACACGCCUGCUGAGCUCGGGAAGCGGUCUUCUAUUUUCAUUGCCAGCUCUGCCGUUGCGCAGAUGUUCUCUGGUUAUCUGCAGGCUGGUCUGUACCAUGGCAUGGAUGGCAAGCAUGGUCUUGCUGCAUGGCAGUGGCUAUUUAUAUUCGACGGCAUUAUCGGUAUUCCUGUUGCCCUCUUUGGCUUCCUUGCGCUGCCAGAUCACCCGGGCAACUCCAAGGCUAGAUGGCUGAAGCCCGAGCAGAAAGCUAUUGCUAUCGGCCGCAUGGAAAGAGUUGGCCGUAAGCCACCUAAGAAGUUGACUUGGGCCACUCUCCGCGACAUCUUCACUUCAUGGCCCGUGUAUCUUUUCUGCAUUCCCUUUGCCUCUCAGUUGCUUGGAAACCGUAUCUACAACUACUUCACCAUCUACCUCAAGAGCACUGGUCGCUACUCUGUGGAACAAGUCAACCUGAUUCCAACCGGCGGAUUUGGCUUCCAGGUUGUCACUACACUGAUCUGGGCCUGGUUGAGUGACGCCACCGGCAAUCGAGUGCUUUCGAUCUGUCUUGCAGCGGGUGUUGCUCUGAUCGGCACCAUCAUUCUCAGCAUCUACCCCGAGAACAACCACAGCGCCAUGUUGGCGGGCUGGAUCCUCACGUAUGCCCAGAUGGGAGCGUCGGCUCUGAUGCUCAGUUGGAUCAACGAGCUUCUGUCUUUCUCGACGGAGCACAGACUGGUUGUUAUUGGUGUUGUCGAGACAUUCGGCUUCGUCAUGAACGCCUGGGUGAUUCUGCUUGCCUACAACAGUGGUGAGGCACCUCAUUUCAGUGUUGGAUACUACAUGGCUGCCAUGUUCUUUGCCUUGGAGAUUGUGUCUAUCUUGUUCAUUGCCUUCUGUGCAAAGAAGUGGAAGCCUCAUCCCAGAGUGGAGUCUUGA